AUGACGGGCUUACGCUUUUUCGAAAAGGUAAAAAAAACGGAAAUACAAGAAAUUGAGAAAAAACUGCUGCACAUUCACAAGUGUGUUACGGCGAGCCUGACCAAUUCAAACAUUUUGAACAAGGGAAAAGUAAUCUUCCAUUGGAAAAAAUGCCACAUGUAUGUAACAGAUGUGAAAUCGCAUGUAACAGGUGGGAAAUCGCCCGUAACAGGUGGGAAAUCGCCCGUAACAGGUGGGAAAUCGCCCGUAACAGGGGUGAAAACGCAUGUAACAGAAUUUUUUGAGAAUUACAAGAAUUUUGAGUUUUGCAAUGAAAUCAAUUUAUCCAUCGGUGAGUAUUUCAUGUACCUCAUUGUAUACUUGAAAAAUGUGAAAAUUAAUAAAACGCCCGUGAAAGUUCUUAAUUUGUAUAUUUUUGCGAACAAUAAGUGGAAGGAUAAAUUAAUUUAUCAUUUUUUGAAAAAUCUCUUUUUAAAAAAUGAGGAUGAGCAACAGGAUUGCAUGAAUUGCAAAACGUUGAUAAUCGAAUAUUUCAUAAAUAAUUAUGGCACAUUUCGGGAGCAGCACAUUGGGUUAUUUUACACGAGUAUUUUGAGAUACAUCAACAACAAAUUGAAAAUAAAUUUUUUAAAAAAAAACCAAAAUUAUUUAAACAUUUUUGCCAAUUUUCUUAUUACUUACAAUGGGAAUGCAACACUCGAAAUUAAAAGUCACAUGCUUAACGCAUUUUUGCUUAUUGCGAAAAAUUUAAAAAAAAUUCUGUUGCAGUUCCCUUUUGACAAAGACAUAUGCACACAUGUGUGCUUGAUUUACCAGCAGGUGAAAAAUGUCAUAGAAGCUUACCGAGCGGGCGUGUGCCUCCUUUUGGCCGAGAAGGCACGGCUCUCCCCCAUCCCGGCAGUUGGAGUUCAGUCCGAGCGGGGCAGUCAGCACGGCGGUGCCCCCAGCGACUCGGACGGGGAUGAAGAAUUUGACGCAGCUGAGGGGGAAGAGGUGGGUGUGGAGGUAGAGGCGGGAAUUUACAGCGACGUAAACCACAGCGAUGUAAACCGCGACAGUGUAAACCGCGACAGUGUAAACCGCGACAGGGCAAACCGCGCAAGCGUCCCCCUGCUGCGCAAGUACCUGUGCGGCAUAAAAAAGAUACAACAAGUGCUGCAACAGUGUGAGAACGUUAUUAAGGAGAAGAAAAGAGAAAACCCAUUUUUACUAUUGUGUAAAUAUAGAAGCAUAUUAAUUAUAAAAUAUAAAAAUGUAAAGCGUGUGAACAUUAGUGACAACUUGGAAUAUUUUAUACUAUUUUUUAAAAUAAAAAAUUUACUAUGUGAGGGGAGUAAAAACCCGUUUUUCAUCUUCCUCUGCAUAGACAGCAUAAGUUACUGGUUACAAAAAAAUGAAAAAUUGCAGUACGUUUUUGAAGAUAUCAAAGGAGCAGCCUUACCAAAGGGUGAAGCAUCCGAAGUGUGUUUUCAGACCGAUGGGUUACCCCACAAUUGUGCCGAUGAAUGGGUAGGGCAUAACGCAAUGAAGAGAAAUUCUCCGGAGGAAAAAGUCCCUUGGCCAAAUUAUGACAGCUCUAAUGGGCACAUCACAACAUUGGACUCUUCCAAUUUGUUGCACUUAGCCGAUCAGAGUGAAGAUAAAAUUUGCGAAGAGGGCGCCACCCCCGCUAAGCCUCCACAAAGGGUUAAACUGAGCAAAAAAUACAGUUGCAUUGAUUGUAAGGAUGCCCCUCCUCUAUGUGAUGCAGAUUUGCCGUGCGAUGGAGAAGGGAGAGAAGUUCCUGGGGGUGCCGAAAUGAUAAGCGAAGAGAGCACCCCUGAAGGGGUACCAAACGAACAGGCCAACAUUUCACCCGUAGAGAUAGACGAACUUGUUAAAAUGGACAAAUGUGUCAAGAUAAGCAGUUUAAGAAUGCAAUUUGAAAGUAAAUCCCAAAAAAAUAGAGCCAAUUUCAUGUCCCAUUUGUACAGCGCAAUUAUGAAAAGCUUACUAGUAAUCCUAAAAAAGUACUCAUGGUAUAACAUAAAAAUUAUAUGGAAAAGUUGCGUUGGCAUUUACGAAUUUUUGCUGAAUAGCAAGAAAAAUACAUUUAUAAAAAAAGACGUAUGUGAUCAUUUAACGUAUAUAAUUUUUAAUCAGGAAAAAAAAAAGAAAUAUAUGUGUUUAUCUUUGUUGUUAACAUAUUUUAAAGAGUCCAUGUGUGAAAAAAACGUGUUGGAAUAUCUUUUUUACUGCUUCUUCCAAAAUGAUGACUUUUUCAUGUUCAGUUUGUACGAGCUUAUAAAGCAAUGCAUUAAACACAUAUUUGUGCAAGCGAAGGAUAAGCAUUUGCUCUACUACAUUUUUUUAAAGAACAUUUUAAUAACCGACAACUUUUGCAUGAAGACUUUUUACAUAAAGAAAUUUAUCGAGCUGUUUUACAAACAUGAUAGUAAUUACGUUUCCUUCGUUUUGAAUAAGGAGUAUGCUGACUUGCGAGCAUACUUUGACGUGUCCCUCGAGGAGGAGCCCGAAGGAAGGUGCGUCCAAGCAGAUCGAGCCAAACUUGGAAGAAGCAACGUAGACAAUCUUAUUAGUGUGAAUAGCGUAAACUGGGGGACGAGCUCCAAGGAAAGGACAAGCAGACUUUACUUUUUAUUUUUAAUGAAGCAGCUGUUGGAGAGAGAAGAAGCAGACGAAAUAGUGUACAACUGUGUUGUGGACGAAUUGGAGGAUAACAUCUUCCUGAAUUACAAAACUGUGAAAGUGGGAGCAAACGCAUUGGAGAAGAAUGCCCCAAAUAUGACGGGGAAGACGAUGGAAAAAAAAUUUUCGAUUUACAAUUUCCACUCCUUAGAAAAUAUCGCCUUCCUAGAGCUGUACACAUUAUGCACUUUGCGAAAGUACGAGUCCAUCGAAGCGGUAAAUUACAAAAGUGACUACUUCUAUCAGCUGAGGAAGGAUGUUUUGCUGAAUGUGAAAAUUUUGAAUAACUUUUUUUACUUCUCGAAUGACGAAUUUGUGCUGUCCAUUUUGUCCUUCAUUUGCGAAAAUAAAUAUUUGAACCUUUGUGAUUUGUAUCUGUUCCGCACCUUUUUAAUCACCUCCAUAACGAACAUUUCGAGGACGAGUCGGGAUGCCUACAGGAAGUACAUUUUGCUCUUCUUCGAGAAGUUUUUUAUUUAUUACCAGAGGAUGGUCGAGAUGGACAAGCGGAGGGGCUGCAAUGUCGAGGCGGGGAAGGCGAAAAAAACGCAUGGGGAGGGUGUUCUCCAAAUGGAGGGAAAUUCCCAAGCGGGGGGAGCACUCCUCGAGGGGGGUACCCACAUAGGUGCUACCCACAUGGACGAACACCCAUUUGAGGUCCAAAAAGUUGUUUCCUUUUUGUAUGGAAGCGUGGACGUACUGCGAGAAGCCCCAGCGUGCGACUCCCCAAAGAACGCUUACUCAACCUGCAUAUUUCAUUCCGCUGACGAAAAAUACGUAGACCAGAGGAAGGGGAUCUUCCUGUACAAUUACUACCUCAUGAAUAUCCUUUUUGUUCUUUUUAAGAACACUAAUAAAGACAUGGGCAUCGAGGCAACUGUGUACUGCUCGGACAUACUAAACACGGUAGUGGAUUAUUGCGCGCAUUUAGAAAAUCUGAAUUUUUUUUUUUUCCUAUUCAAUGCCAAAACGACCUGGAAGGAAUUUUACCUAAUAUCGAAGGAGAUCUUUUUCAAAACUGUCAAUAUAAUGUUGCUAAAAAGAGAAAGCUUUGCCUGCUUAAAUAAUGCAUUCCUUCCUUUGGUAAAAUCGCACAGGCAGGUGGACCAUUCGUUUUACGCCUUCUUACUAAGACUCUGCUUCAUUUCGUUAAAUCAUUGUAGGGAUGUGAGAAAGCGGGAAGACGGGAUGGCCACCCACCUUCUCACCGCCACAAGCAGUGAUAACCAUGAGGUGUACGAACGGGUGAGUAAUAUGCGCCGGAACUCGAAUAGGGAUGGUGCCCCCCCAAGUGACUUUUUCAGUUGUCUCAUUGAAGGCAGCGAUAUUGGGAAUAUAAGGGGGGAGAACAGAUACUUAAUAAAUUACGUAAACUACCUAUUCGGUGAGGGCGGCGAUAGAAGUGAUAGAAGCGAUAAUGGCGAGCUCUGCGCGACGCUGAACAUCCCAUUGUACAUCUUCGAAAGCUUUAUUAGCAAACUUAGGAGAGAAAAUAUCGCAAAAUUAACCAAACACGAGGAUGUGGAAAACUGCGAAAUGUAUAAAUUGGCCUACUACAUAAACGAGUUUAUUUUGUACCUUACGGACAACAUGAAUUUCAGCAAAGACAUAGAGGGGGCAUCGUUCAGGAAGCACUUCUGCCAAAUUAGCUUGUGCAAUUCGAGCACCUAUUUGGAUGUAGAGCAAUAUAAUCUGUUGCGUGUGUCGGGCGAGGCGGUUGAAUCGUUGGAUGGCUUCCACCUAAUAUUGUUAAAGGUCUACAUCUGCAACGUGCUGCACUAUUUUAUCAAUUAUUUGAACUUCCUAUUUUUGAAUGAGUCGAAGAGCUUCUUUUUCGACUGCAGAGGGCACCUGAUUUUUGAGGACCAAAGUGAGAAGGAGGCAACGUCUAUUAUCAUUUGGUUGUCUAUCAAGUACAUAAGCAUUUUGUUCACCUCCAUCGUUGACUUCUCCUUCAAAUUUAAUAUUACCACAUCUGAGGGGGGUGCCGGAAGGGGGAGAGACCACCACUCUGUGCUAAAAAAUUACAAUUUGAACAGUGAAACUACCAAGGAUGCAAAUUAUAUCAGUGGAAAGAAAAACACUCCUUUGUGCUUUUUUCACAGCACAGAAAUUCACCUGAUCAUUCAGAACCUUCUGUGUCUGCUGCUGCACUCCAAGCAUAUAGCAUGCCAGCAGUAUCUGUCGGAUUGCCUGCUGGACGUCUGCAGAAUUAUAGUCAUGAGGAGUGCCAAUAGUAUGCAGACCAUUCCGUUGUUCUACGUGUACAUCAUUUUGCUCAUUUUUAAAAACGAGGGGGGGGAAUCGAAAUGUACGGAGGAAGAUGGCAACAAAGUGGGCAAAGCUCCCGAGGGGCGUGGCCACAUCGCUUCUAACGAACCCAUCUCGAACGAAAACGCAGAGGAUACAGAACCCAAUUUUGAGUUCCUAACGGGAAUUAUCAGCCGACUGAACAAAAUGCUGACCGCGAAGGAGGACAACCAAGUAGACGUAAGUGAAAUUUUAUCUGCACAUUUUUUAAAAGGCAAUUUUAGUUCCUCCAAGUGGGAGCCGCAUGAGCAUUCCGCAGUUCAGAAUGACACCCAAAGGGGAAGCGGUGAAGCCAAGUGUGUGGCAGCUCCCCAAGCGAAUCAUAACUUCUUGCUAAAUGACAAAUUGAACAUGCUCAUUUGGGAUGACCAACGAAUUAACUCAAAUUUUCUGAGGAAGUCAAGCAACAUGUGCCUAGCGCUGAGCUCAUUGGCCAAGUCGUACAAAGCAAAGGAGCAGUACAUCAUAUACAAUUUUGUGAUAAAAAUUAUAAUCAACUAUUUGCUUAACGGAAAUAAUAAAUAUAAGAAGGUCAUCUGCGUGAAUAUUAUAAAACAUAUAUACACCAUUAUUGAUAAUAAAACGCUUUAUGAGUACAUCAGCGAUAUUUACAAAAUAGCUUUAAUUUACUACAAGAGUAAAUUUUUUUGCUUGAAAAGUUCGAGCACAUCCCUGUACAACAUUUUAACCAAACGCCUGUUGGCCAAGCUGAAUUACUCCUACCAUGUGUCCUCCAACAUGUAUUAUUUCUGUACAGGCAGCAAAAGGAGAAUAUUUAAAAACAUCAAUUUGACUUUUUUUGACUUACUCAAUUCGAUCAACUUGCUAAAGAUAUUUUUAAAUGUGUUUAUAAAAAAGGGCAAAUUUUUAAAUGCACAUUAUUGUAGCAAAAAUGAAUGUAAACCCUUUUUUGACUAUUCCAAUUUUUAUGCCCAAUUUAUCCCCAUUUUGAUAUUUCUCUCAAAUAUUAUCAUUUUUAACAAUGACGAUUAUUUCUUACUCAGCAAUGUGAAGGGCGAUUUGCGGGCUGCGCAUAGCGCUCACCAGUUUUCGCCACACAGUGCAUCUGCGACGGAUACAGGGGGGAAAACUGUAGAAGAAAGUGACAACCCGAGCGAUCUGCAAGAAAAGGGGGAGAACGCACAAUGGGAAGAGCCUCCCACGGGUAAUCACCCCCCUAACGAUCCAAGUGGGGAAAAUCAAACCCAAAUAAGCAACAUGAACAUAUACUUCCUAUUUGUGAAACACCUGAAAAGGUUAUUCACCUACGGCAACUACUUCGUCCAAGUGCUCAUUUGCAGAAUAAUCGUCAACGUAUAUUUGCACAUAUACCUAAAGCUGAAGAAACAAAACCUGAUUUUUAACUUUUUGAACAAAAUUGUCAUAAACGCCAUGGGAGGGAAUAGGAAAAACUGCUAUCUGCUUCUCUUCAUAGAAUUUGUGAGGAGGAAGGAGUCCAAAACGUUAGUGGAGGAAAAUAAAAAAAAGUUCAGAAAAAUGUUCUUCCAGUUUUUAUUCCUAUUUGUGAGAAGCGAAAGGUAUGCAGAGGUUUUGCUAAUUUUGCAAAUAUUAAACAUCCUGUAUAGUAAGAUAUCCAUUUCGUUGGACCAAAAUGUUGUGUCUUUGCUGUUUAGACGAUUGACGCUACAUCAGGAUGACAUGUUCAUAUCCGUUCUGUUGAAUGAACUGUUGAUGAAGAUAACCAAGCGAGUUGAAAAUUUUGUUGCUCUUCUGGACAUGUACGCAUCGAGUAAGAACGAGAGGCUCAUAGAGUCGUUCCUCUACAACUGGUAUCUGCACACAAAAAAGAGGCACAAGAAGGAGUUUCAAAUAAGGGAGAAGCAGCUCAGCGAAUUUUCAAAUUAUAGCUCUUUUAAGUUUUUCUCUGAAUGUGACAAAAAGGGGGUGCGCACUCCCCUGGGCGGGGAGUGGUUAGAUGGGGCUAAACGGAGUGGCGGUCAAACGGGCGAGUUGGCGGAAGAACCGGUGGACCACUGGGCAGACGAAAGGACGUACAUCUACCUGUACCUUUUACUCUUCCAAAUAAUCCGCACCCAUAAGGACAACAUAAAAAUUAAGAAGUACUGCUUCAGCAUCCUGCUGACAAUUGUAAAAUUUAUAUCCUUUGAAAAUUUGUUCCUGUUCGAGCGUAUGCGGGAGUAUUACACGGAGCACGUUAAGCAGAACUACCUGGACAAGUACGUCAUUUCGUAUAGCUACCUUAUAUGCGUGAAAUAUUUUGCCAUGGCGCAGAAGAAGGCAGAAGGGCAGAAGAGUCAGAAUCAGAAGGAGCGCUGCGAACCUGGCAACAGAUUUAUCGAAGCGAUUUACAGCUUUAUAGACAGAGAGAAGGAGAGCAUUAUUGCUUCAUCUCUCAACUGCAACGUGAAGGAAUAUCUUUUCAACUUUGCCUACUUUUACUUCCUCCUUUUUCUAAAUUUGCUCUCCCGUCUGUGCAACAAAAAUUCGGUGACGUAUACGAAAUAUUUUGUGAAGGCCUUCAUGAACUACGGAAUUGUUCCAUAUGACUACGAUCGUCUGGAGGGGGAGGAAGCAAACAUGAAAGGUGUCAGCGCAGGUGGAGGUGACGACCCUGGGAGAGAUGUCGCGGUGCCCAAGGGGGAGACGCAUUCUUCGCUCGGCUACCCCACCGGGGAGGAUUCUCCAAAGUGGAGCGGCAAAAGGGGAGCAGAAAAAAAUGACGAAAAGGAAAUAUCCCAUGUGACACACUUUUCGAAGAACAGUUAUCCCCCGGAAGGUACCCCCCAAGUGAACAGCCCCAAUUAUGGGCUGCCAAACGAAGAGGGCAAACCCCUCGAUGGGCGCACAAGCGCGUACAGAAAAUACAAAGAAUGGUAUUGGACCGAUAUAAACCAGUGGAUAACGCAAGUAGUGAAAAACAAAGUGAGGAACCAAAAUAUUACAUUCGACGUUGUGUAUGUCAAAAAUCCACUGAAGCAUCUCAGAGGGCAUAACUUGUUUACCGCCUUCUUUGUGGCACUUUACUCUUGCCUGAUAUUUAUGUUAAAUGAUGAAAACGAACUGAUAAGGUACCAGGCCAAAAUUGCGGUGUUGCACAUGAUGAGGAAGAACGUGCUAAAUGUGUAUAGAACUAUGAAAGACAUAAUCUGUGUUGAGUUCUUCAUUUACUACCUUUCCAAGUGGCACCCACAUGUGGCCCUACACAUAUUAACCUUUUGCAUAUGCCAGACGAAGAGCUGCAUUAGGGAUAGCCUCUAUUACAACCCUGUUAAAUUAUUUGACCAGGAAAAGUACAAUUUGUAUAUUAACAAUGUGUUACUGAACCAGCUGUUUGUAUUUUAUUACCUGUUUAACAUCAGUGCGAUUUUCGUGGGGGGAAAUCCCAGAGGGGAAAUUACCAACUUUUACCACUUCAUCGACGUGUUGGGUGGCCAAAAAAAGGACGCCUUCGUGAGAAAUGUAAACAUUGAAAAUGCAGCCCCGGUUCUUUCGAAGGGUGAAACCAUUUUGGAUGGACUCGAUUUACACCUGUUGAAAAAUGGUGCCUUAUGGGAGAAGGUACUGGAAAGAUUAUCCCGUAAGAGUGCCUUUUGUGCGGAGUGCCAUACUUUGGGUGGUAAAGCGGAAAAACCUCUUAGAACCUCCUGCCAGUCGUCAUGCAGAAAAACGGUGCUCACCUCCUACAUGGCAACCUUUCUAAUAUUCCUACGAAUGGGGUACAUCACAAAUAUUAAGAAGAGCCUAGACGAUUAUUCGCACCUCCUACGGUCCUACAGAAACGUGGACCUUUUUGAUUCCAACUUGGUCAUUUGCUGGAGCAACCUGUUCAACAAAAUAAUUAUUCUUCUAAUCAACAUAUUCAUUUUUUUUCAAAAAAGAAUAGCCCUAUACUACAACAGUUAUUUUUACGAAGAGAUGAAUAUGAUCAAGUCGAAGACCGCGUCAAUUUAUGGCACCUUCAAAUUGGUAAGACGUGAAAUGAAUCCGUUUUUACUGAAAAGUAUGGAGCUUCUGUUGUCCAUCAUGGGCACUGCCUUUUUAAAAAACGGCAACUUCUUUUCAGAUAUAUACACGUUGUUAUACGCUUUGAAGGGUUCCGUUUAG